UAGAACAAUGUAUUUUUAUGACAAAAUGUUUAUCCUUUUUAUAAUUUUUAUUUUUAUCAAUUUAUUUUUAUUUACAUUACUAUUAUUCACCAAACGUGUAACAAAAAGGCUCCCAAGGUUACAAUCGACAGACAACAAUAUAGUUGAAAACGAAAGCGCCAUAUAUUUUAACAAAAUAUCUUCGGGAGAACAAACUACAAACUCCAUUGGCGUAAUAUUAACAAGAGAACAAUCAACAAACUCGAUACAUUUUGAUAAAUCAUCAUCAAUAAGACAAUCAAUGAAAUCCACACAUUAUCCCGAUAUAAUUUCAAGAAGAAAAUUUGCAAAUUCCAUAUAUUUUCACGAAACAUCAACAAGGGGACAGUUAACAGUUCGCCAGGCUUGUUGCAUAGAAUCCUGCGCAAGAAUGAAUCCAAAAUUAGAAAUAAACGUGAUAUUUUCGUUACAAUUCGAUCCUGAUUACGAAAUCCAUAAACUUUUAAGUCAGAUUGGAAAUAUUAUAUUCUUGAGUGUUAAUAUUUCUAGUUACGUGAAAGGGACUCCAAUGGAAGAUUUUGACACGAGUAUUCUACAGAAAUCCGAAUGGCCAAUGCACGUAACGUCUGAUGCAUUGAGAUAUCUAACUUUGUAUAAACGCGGAGGGAUUUAUUUAGAUUUGGAUGUGAUGUCGAUCAAGCCAUUGGAAGUUCUUGGUGUGAAUUGGGCUGCGAUGGAAGAUAAUUAUUUUGUUAAUUCGGCGGCAAUGGCAUUUGCAAAAGAUUAUGUAGGAAGACACGUGGCAAAGAAAGCUGUAAGGAAUUUUGUUGAGGCGUUUAAUGUGAGCGAUUUUUCUAAUAAUGGUCCAGGAGUGAUUACCAGGGUGCUUAUAGAGCUAUGUGGGAGUUAUCUCACACAACGUAACUGUCAAGGCUUUGAUAUCUACCCAAAGGAAAGCUUUUAUACAAUACCAUAUUACAGAGCCAAAGAAUAUUUCAAAGCGUAUGCAUUGACACAUUUAGAAACAGACCAAAUAUAUGGAUAUCAUAUGUUUAAUUACGCAACGAAUGAUAUUAAGAUUGAAGAUAACUCGUUUUAUGCCAAUUUGGCUAAGGAGUUUUGCCCAACGAUCUAUAAAAAAUACAUCGACGAGUUCUCAUAUGUCCCUAACUCGUCUGAGGUUGGAGGCGCGACGUAAUGGACAACACUCGACGGGCCACACUAAGCUGGUUCGCGGGUCAGAUGGACACAAGCACAGAAAUGGGCACAACACACCCAGAAGCACAGAUAAAUAUUUACGAGCACACGUUCACAUAAUUGCACGCGCUGGGGAUCGAACCAAGGACUUCGAGAUAGCGGGGGCGCGACCACUACCAUACCAUAUUUUGGUUUGCAGCUGCUUUGAAUAUACACACAAUAACAGAACCAUUAAAGUAGGAACAAAUU